AUGCCGGGCUCCUCCAAGCCCUCCCGCAACUUCACCUUCUACCUGAGCUGCGACAUCGACAUCCAUGUCCAGCUCAAGGUCGUGAGCCUGUGCGGGCCCCUGCCCUCGCAGAGGGCCUUCCCGGAAGCAGCGGGCGACGACCAGGCGCCCCGCAGGCCAUCGUCCGUCUACGUGGUGGCGCGGCUGUGCGAUGGCGGAGAGACGAUGGGGCUGGAUACCCGCAGCCGGUACUGGGACGCCGGCCCGCAGGGAUGCCGCAUGGGCGAGUGGCUCUCGUUCUGCGUCAAGUACAAGGACCUGCCGGACUCCGCCGUGCUGGCUGUGUCGGCAUGGGAGCUUGCUGAAGCCAGAGGCCUUGCAUUGGUGGGUGGGGCCACCAUGCCCCUCUUCAACAAACGUAGCAGGUUAAAAACUGGGGAGCACAAACUAAACUUGUGGCCUGGGCAAGAGGCAGAUCCACACUGGCCAUCAGCCACACCUGGAAAGGUGCCCAUCGCGGAGCGUGGGGAGAUGGGCCGACUAGAGAACUUGAAGAAACGAUAUAUAAGGGGGGACAUGCAGCGGGUGGAGUGGCUCGAUCGCCUCACAUUUCGAGAGAUUGAUCGGCUACUCAAACAAGAGGGGCAGCUGCCGUCUAGUCGGGAGUGCCUGGAGCUGGUGCUGCAGUUGCCCCGAUUCCCUCACGAUGUGUUGUACCAAAGCCCCCAGGAUGUGCAGCAGCCUCUGCCACCUGUGGCCCAGAUGCACAGGCAGUCGAAUGGUGGUCCUGAAUCUAGCGAAAACAAGGACAAUAUGAGGAUGAGGAGGGUGAUCCUGGACCCUGAGGUGGGCCUGGAUAAUCCUGUGGAGAACAAGGCACAGAAGUUGGCCAGGAACAUAAACCGGGGAAUCGUCGACAAGGAGAUCAAGCCUGAUGUUGAGGAGCGGCGAAGGAUCAGUGAAGUGUUGAAGCUGCCACCCAAUAAGCCCAUCAAUGCUGCUGACAGGUUGCUCUUGUGGAAGUUUAGGUUCUCUUUGACGUCGGAGAAAGCAGCCUUGACAAAGUUCCUGAAGUGCGUGGACUGGUCAGAUGCACAGGAGGCUCGCGAAGCAGCAGAAUUGAUGAACCAGUGGGCAGCCAUCGACAUUGCCGAUGCCCUUGAACUGCUGUCUCCUGACUUCAAGAAUCCACAGGUGCGAGCCCAUGCAGUUGCAGUGCUGCAGAGGGCCGAUGAUGAUGAGCUAUUGUCAUACCUGCUGCAACUCGUUCAGGCAUUGCGAUAUGAGGGCAGUGACACUGCGCAGCUGUCAGAGUUCCUUACAACUCGGGCAGCCCAUAAUCCCAGACUGGGGUUCUACUUGCAUUGGUACCUGUUCACGGAGUGGCAGGACCCCUCUUUUGGGAAGCGUGCAUCCACAGUUCAUGCAAUGUUUGUGCAGAAACUACAGGGCCUUCCACAUGGUAGUCUUGUGUGGGACAACAUCAGACGGCAAAUAGAGAUGAUGGCCCAGCUGGCGCACAUAAGUAAGGAGCUGAAGGGGUCGAGGGGCAAUGCAGCAAGAAAGACAGAGCAUCUCAGGGAGAUGCUUGGUGAGCAGGGCUCCUGUGCUGAGCUCACUGCUGUGCGGCUGCCACUGCCACUGGAGCCCUCAGUAUUUCUCACAGGCCUCAUCCCUCAGGACUGCUCAGUAUUCAAGAGCGCCCUCUGCCCCAUCAAGCUAACUUUCCGAUCGGAACCUUAUGCGCUAGAGUCAUUCUUCACAAGGAGGGGCGUUGGGCAGCAAGGGGGGCCGACUGCAUCUGAGGGCGAGCCCCCUGGCCUGAAGCCAUAUUCAGCCACAGGCAAGAAAGUGGCCACGCCCCACUGCCUACAAGAUGGCAACCGCUGUGUGCUCAUCUACAAGAAGGGUGACGAUCUGCGGCAGGAUCAGUUCAUGCUGCAGAUGAUCUCACUGAUGGAUCAGCUGCUAAAGAAGGAAAACCUGGAUCUGAAAAUCACGCCCUACCAGGUCCUUCCCACAACGGCUGAUGACGGACUUGUUGAAUUUGUCAAGUCAUCAGCUUUGGCCCGGAUUCUGGCUGAGCACAAAACGAUCCAACGGUACUUCGAGCAACACCAUCCUGACCCAGCAGGACAGUUUGGCGUGAGUGAGAAAGUGAUCAGCACGUUUGUAAAAAGCUGUGCAGGGUACUGCGUGAUGAUGUACAUCUUGGGUGUUGGCGACAGACACCUGGACAACCUCAUGCUGUGCACAGACGGUCGGCUGUUUCACAUCGAUUUUGGGUACAUCCUGGGGCGGGACCCCAAACCAUUCCCUCCACCUAUGAAACUCUGCAAGGAAAUGGUCGAGGCCAUGGGAGGCACAGGCAGCCCUCCCUACAAAGAGUUCAAGACGUACUGCUGCGAGGCUUACAACAUCCUGCGCAAGAGCGCAAACCUGAUUCUGAGCCUAUUCCAUUUGAUGGCUGGCGCGUCCAUACCCGACGUGAAAGCCGACCCGGAAAAGGCCAUGCUGAAGGUGCAAGAGCGCCUUGCGCUGCACCUGGACGAUGAAGGGGCGGUGCAGUGGAUCCAGCAGCUCAUCAAUGAGUCGACCUCGGCCCUUGUGCCCCAAAUCAUGGAGGCGACGCACCGCUUUGCGCAGUACUGGAGAUGA